GCCAAACAAUAUUCUAACAACGGAUGUUGGUGAUAUUGCUGGCUUCUUUUCCAAUCUUCCUUUUCUUUUGACAAUUCCAUUAGAGAUUAUUGUAGCAAUAGUAUAUUUAUAUCACUUACUGGGUGUUUCUAGCAUUAUUGGGGUGGCUGUUAUGGUAUUAUGUCUUUUGAGUAAUAAAAGGUUCGGAAGGCGUGUCUCUCGAUUACAAAAACGGGUCAAAAAGGCAAGAGAUGAAAGAGUUAGUGAUAUUUUUGAAUUACUUCAUGUAGUCCGUACAAUAAAAAUGUAUGGUUGGGAACAAAGUUUUCAUGAAAGAUUAAUGUACUCCCGUCAAAUUGAACUCAAUCAACUUCGUCGUUUAUUUUGGCGCACUACAUUUCUCACUUUACUAGUUCACCUUACUCCAUUCCUUGUUACAUUGUUUGCCUUUGGCUUUUAUACAUUUGUAUUUCAUGAAGAUUUAACGGCCGCUUGCGCUUUCACAA